CUGUCUCUCUCUCUGUCUCUCUCUGUCUGUCUCUCUCUGUCUGUCUGUCUGUCUCUGUCUCUGUCUGUCUGUCUCUGUCUCUGUCUCCAUCUGUACACUAAGGUGGAAUAGUUACAAGCUUUGGACCCAAACAGAACCUUGUCGUGUCCAUGGUUACAGGGUGCAGCGUUCUGUCAGCAGAUGUUUUCAGCACGGACCUAUGAGGAGCUGCACACAGCUCUCUGCAUUGUCUCACUGUGACAAGUUGGCACUAGCUGCAGUUCCAAUCGUGAACAGCUGAUCGGUGGAGCUUUGCUGAUCUGGAGGAUCAGCUGUGGAGAAAAACUGACUGCAACUUUGGAAUCAGCAGAAAAUUCUAACUCUGUUUCAACUGUUUCAAGUGUUCCCCGGUGUAAUCAGAGGGAAGUUACAAUAUUUGAUUUAAAGCAACCUGCUCGACUCGUUUCUGCGGUGACACCGUCUGACUCACUGCAUCUGAACACGGUGAAGUAACUUCCUCUUCCUCCUUCUGUCGCUCUGCUGCUUCAGACCCGGGAACAGUCUACAGACCCGGGAACAGUCUACAGACCCGGGAACAGUCUACAGACCCGGGAACAGUCUACAGCUGCUGCAGGUCAGUUCAUGUUUGAUUGACGGCCAGACUGAUCAGUCACCAAGACUGAGAACACCACAGACUGUCUGUAGGAGCCAUGAAGGCAUAUAUAAUGUGCACAGAGCAUUCUGAGUUCAUGUUUUGGUUGUUACAUUUUUUGUUGUUGUUGUUUUGUAACAGUUAAUUUGAGUGUUGACUGUAGGUGGAAGCACGAGGCGACCAUCAUUCUUCUUUAAUAAAAUCCUUAAACUCAUUUUUUGUCUCCCUACAGACUGUCUAAACCUGGACGUAGUCUCUGUGACGUCCCCGCAGACUGUCUAAAACCUGGACGUAGUCUCUGUGACGUCCCCGCAGACUGUCUAAAACCUGGACGUAGUCUCUGUGACGUCCUCGCAGACUGUCUAAACCUGGACGUAGUCUCUGUGACAUCUCAGGUACUGGUUCUUAUUUGUCGUACAGGGUGAAGUGGACUGAUGGAGUGCCGGACCACAGUCGUUUCUUACCUGAGCUGGAUUCUGAUUGGUGGGGGCAUGGCCUACCUGCUGCACCAGAAGCGGAACCACGCACGUUAUGGUCGCUACGUGACGGUGGAUCCUCGCUGCUGUUCGGCCAGACUGGGCUGGUUCCUGCAGGAGCUACCGGCCUUCCUGCUGCCGCUGCUGCUGCUGUUCACAGAGGAGUCGAGCGGACAGUGGACCAGGAGGAUGGUGCUGCUCUGCACCUUCAUGCUGCACUACUUCCACAGGAGCAUCAUCUACGCCUUCCUGACCCGAGGACGACCCGUCCCGCUGCCCAUCGUCUUCUACGCCGCCAUCUUCUGCUCGCUCAACGGCUUCCUGCAGGGCCACCACCUGCUGCACUGCGCCCGCCCCGAGGACCUGCGGCUGACGGACACUCACACGGCUGCAGGUCUUGUUCUGUUUGUGGUCGGGAUGAGCAUCAACAUCCACAGUGAUCACAUCCUGCGCAGUCUGAGGAAACCUGGAGAGACCGUCUACAGGAUCCCCCACGGGGGAAUGUUUGAGUUUGUUUCUGGAGCGAACUUCUUCGGGGAGAUCGUGGAGUGGUGUGGUUAUGCUGUAGCUACCUGGUCUUUACCCACCUUCGCCUUCGCCUUCUUCACCAUCUGCUCCAUCGGGCCUAGAGCCUGCCACCACCACAGAGACUACCAGCAGAGGUUUGAGGACUACCCUCGCUCCAGGAAAGCUCUCAUUCCUUUCAUACUGUGACCAUGAAGAGUGUCUGCUGCAUGUAUUAGCAUUAGCAUAAUCUAUGAUAGCUGACAUGACCUCUAAUAACUUUAACAUCUAACAUUAGCUCUGAAAGCUAACAUUAGCUCUGAAAGCUAACAUUAGCUCUGAUGACUAACAUUAGCUCUGAAAGCUAACAUUACCUCUGAUAGCUAACAUUAGCUCUGAUGACUAACAUUAGCUUUGAUGACUAACAUUAGCUCUGAAAGCUAACAUUAGCUCUGAUAGCUAACAUUAGCUCUGAUGACUAACAUUAGCUCUGAUAGUUAACGUUAGCUCUGAAAGCUAACGUUAGCUCUGAAAGCUAACAUUAGCUCUAAUGACUAACAUUAGCUCUGAUAGUUAACAUUAGCUCUGUUGAAUAACAUUAGCUCCGAAAGCUAACAUUAGCUCCGAUAGUUAACAUUAGCUCUGAAAGCUAACAUUAGCUCUGAUAGCUAACAUUAGCUCUGAUGACUAACAUUAGCUCUGAAAGCUAACAUUAGCUCCGAUAGUUAACAUUAGCUCUGAUAGCUAACAAUAGCUCUGAAAGCUAACAUUAGCUCUGAUAGCUAACAUUAGCUCCGAUAGUUAACAUUAGCUCCGAUAGCUAACAUUAGCUCUGAUAGCUAACAAUAGCUCUGAAAGCUAACAUUAGCUCUGAUAGCUAACAUUAGCUCCGAUAGUUAACAUUAGCUCCGAAAGCUAACAUUAGCUCUGAUAGCUAACAUUAGCUCUGAUAGCUAACAAUAGCUCUGAAAGCUAACAUUAGCUCAUGUUAAUGCCAACAGACCUCACCUCAUGACGUUUUCCAUCGAGGUUAUGAAAGGUGUUUAGGAAAGGUGGUUAUGAAAGGUGUUUAGGAAAGGUGGUUAGGAAAGGUGUUUAGGAAAGGUGGUUAGGAAAGGUGUUUA